AGAUUAUUAUGACAGGUGUCCGUGAACUAAAGUAUGUUGAUAUUCUGUGGUUUUGAUACUUAACACGCAAAUUUACGCAUCGUUUUUUAUUUCCUGUAACCUUAGAACGUUUUCUUAUUCCUAGAGAUUAAGACUUGGAAAUGUCUCGGUUUGAACUAUUGCAGAGAAUUCGGAAUAAGCUGCAGAUGAAUACAUCUUGUGAAUCGGUUUUCUAUGAUGCACAAGAAGAGCUAAACCAGACAGUAGACCUAGAUGAGAGCCAGGCUUUUCUGGAUGUUGAGGAACAUCGGGAUGUCAAGGAACAUCUUGAUGUCAAGGAACAUCUGGAUGUCAAGGAACAUCUGGAUGUCAAGGAACAUCUGGCUGUCGGAAAGAACUUUGAUUUGGUGAAGGAGCAGGAACUUGAGUUGAACGUUGCAUCCUUUAAAGAUCUGGAUGUUGCGGAGAAGAACCCUGAUACCAAAGCUGUUACUGCUUCGGUUUAUGACACCAUUCUGAAGAUGAAAGAUGUAGCUGACACCACUCCAGUAGCUUCACUGGCGGAUGCUUUCUCUAAUCUGAAGAUGGUGACAGCUGAAGAUUUUUUCAAGGCGUCUGUAAAGGCAGAUUUCUCUGAGUGGAUAAUCUUCAAUGUGAAGUCAGAUACGACAAUGGAACAGGUUGAAGAAUGGUUGAGCGAGAACUCGCCCUCUAAGAUCUACAGUAAGGAUGGUAUCGGAUGGAUUUGCAUCAGGCAUGCUAUAGGAGGAGGAGGAAAGGGGUAUAAAGUAGAAGACAAGGAGACAGUAUUGCUUGCUAAUCUACUCUGGGAGACGGAAACUAAGGAUAUCGAGGGGUUGAUCAAAGUCGGGAAACAGUGUGGAGUGACAGGAGGAAAAUGGUUGAUCCAUGCUCCUGCGGAUGAAAUCGAUGAGAUCUGGGAAUGUGUUGCUCUCACACUGGUGCACCACGGAUUUGGACAGGAAGUCCUUAAAGCCAAGGUGUCCCCUAAUCUGGCUGAGAACGAUAUCCAUCUGGGAUCUGGUCCUCUCAAGCAUGUCAUAUGUAUCUACAACAAGGAUUUUACUAGCAAGAAGCAGGUUCUUGAGGUUGAACGGCAGCUGAGGAAGAUGCAGAUACAUGGAAGGAUCAGCUACAAACCUGAUAUAUUUAGUAUACUGGGUAUAUACAGGAAGAAUGUUUGGGGAUUGAGGCCAACCAUCCUCUCAUCCUCCUACAAUACAAGGACCAAGGAGAGCACCAUCGAGUCGUUCAUGGCAGAGAAGAAGAAGAUCUUCAGAGUUCAGCAUUAAACCAGGAGUGCGGUGUAUCAUCAUUGAUUUCUAAUGUUAUCAUGUCGACUUUAUUGUUAUCAUGUCGACUUUAUUGUUAUAUAAGUCGUCACUCGUCAUAGUAUACUUUUACUUCCCCUUUUAUUUCGUUUUGAUUUGUAAUUAAACGCUGUAAAUUGCCUGGCCCCCUCAAUAUUAAAUUUGAAAUAUAUUUUUGUGCUGAAAUAUUUUUCUCUAAAUUACAAAAUUAUGCAAAGGGCUUUUCACCUUUUAUUUUAUUAAAAAGUCUUAUUGCUUAAAUAUUGCCUACGAUUUUCUAAUUCUCUAAAUUCAUUGUAUAAGCUGACUUGAUUUAAAUUAAUUCAAUUUCAUCUAUAUAUAAGUUCAUAAAGUGGGAAUAUUCUUCGUGGCUAGACUUUUGAUAAAAGUUAUUAUAGAUGUGGUGUAUCAUAUACUCAGCAAGUGUAUUUUUAUUGAUAGGUUUAUGCUUUUCACAUACUCUAUAUCUGUUUGAAGCUCUGAAUUAUGUUUCCAAACCCCAGAUCCUCGCGAAAACUUUGAAAAAUCUAAUUUUAGAA